AUGGCUUCUUGGACGCUUCGCCUAUGGAUCUGGUCGUACGCGGCUGCCGCCGAGGCGUCCGAGGCGUCCGAGGCUUCGUCCGCUGCUGUGGCCUCAGCAGGGGCCGCCCAGCGGCGGAGCGACCGGCUCCUCCAGGGGCACCUGAAGUGGGAGUCCUUGGUCGCUCUCGCCGAUGCGUCGCUGCGGGAAGAGGCAGAGAUGCAGAGCCAAAGAAGUCUCUUGCAGCUCAAGGACCACCUGGCAGAGACAGCGGCGCAGGUCUGGGCUUCGGCCAGCCCAAGGCAGCUCUUGCGGCAAAUGCACGAGAAAGCCUGGCCGGAAGGCGCGGAGCUCCUGGAGGCGGCCGCUGCGCCGUUGGACCUCCAAAAGUUGGGCGAAGUGCUCGUAGCUCUGCGACUGCGCAUGGACAGGUUGCUGGCGGAUUGGGCGGAGAUGCAGCUUGCGUUGCGAGACUGGAGGAGCGAAGCGGAGCGACAGGCGAGGCACCUGCCGAUCAACCACGGCAUCCUCCUUAAACAGGCCCAAGUCUUACACCAGAUGCUCUCUUUGCUGCCCGGCUUCGACCAAUGCCUGCGGAACAGCAUUGCAAGAGUCAGGCGGCCAGCCGACGAAUACUACAGUGCGCUGCUCUAUCUGCAGGGCUGGCCCGUUGCUGCAUCCCCGCACCGAUUGAAGAGCGUCUUCACUGGCGAGCCAAAUCUACUGUCUUCGGAGGAGGCGGAGGUGGCGGAGGUGCUGGCACUGUCUCAGAGGCUCAGGCUUGCACAGCUUGAAGCCGGAGAAAGCGUGGACUCCGUGGACUGGUGCGACGGUGCACGGGAGCUCUACGAAGUCGGCCAGGGCGCAGACCCUUGCGAGGCCUUGGCAGACACCGCGACCUCAGUCGUGGCGCAGGUGCAUGGCUGGCAGGCAUCUCGGGCUUUCCUGGCUCGCGUGAGACGCUUCCAGUUCUCCACGGCCCCGAACAUCUCGAGGUUGGAGGCGCUCGUUGGCCUUCUUGCCGAAGCCGGCCAUUGCACUGUGGACAGGACCCAUGACGAGACGACGGCGCUUACCGUGAACAAAAGCGUCAUUGCCGCUUCUGCCGCUGCCUCCGAGCUGCGCGCGUUGGGCGAGGACGAUGAACGGAGCCUCCGAGAAGAGCGCCAGCUGCUCACUCGAGGCGCUGCCAAAAGCUUGGAGAUCUUGAGCUAUGCUACAAGGCCGUCUUUUACUGGGUUUAAAGGUUUCACAGGCCUUCUGCGACGUGUGCUGAUGGUGGAGUUCCUUUGCCACAUGGCCUUCGAAGAAGCCUCGACCUGGGCUUUCCGUGUGCGGUCGCGGGGAAAUUCACUGCAGCUUCGUCUCGGCCAAGCCAGCCAGGCCCUCUCUGAAUUACAUCGUGCGCUGCAGGACCUCCCCAGUUACCGGCUCCUCGCGUUUCAAGAAAUCCAUGCGACGGGCCACUGGGGAAAAACAUCCUCAGGUGCUGGCUCCUCAGCUGCUGCCACGGAGCCCCUCACUGGCAGGUUUCUGGUUUUCCUUUCACGACUGACCACCGGGCGGCUCGUCCGGCCAACGGCACUGCUAGACAUAGGCUGUGGCUGGGGCGAGUGGUUGCCGACUGCGCUGCGUGCAGCUACGCGGACGAGACGGUUGCAGGGAACGGUUUUGUACCAGGGUCUGGACAUCGCCCGGCGACCCAUCCGGCACCUCCAAAGGAAUUUUCAGAAGAAGGAAGGCGAUUUCUCUGGCAAUGUAACAUUUCGCUUUGCAGCCUUGGACGCAUGCGCUGAUACGUUGCCUCCCUUAUCUCGGCCUUACUCCGUGGUGGUCGUACGUCAUGUCUUCCAGCACUUGUCCAUCAAGGAUUCUCUGGACCUGCUCAUGAACCUGAAGCGCCUGAAGCCCCUGCCGCGUUUCCUCCUCCUCUCCUCCUGGCGCCGGAAAGAGAACCGGGACCUCGAGGCCUUCGGCGGGUCCUCGGCCUUCAGCUUCGUCUCUCCGACGCCCGUGGCGGAGCGCUUUCGAGGAUACGACCUGCGCAAAGCACCCUUUUGGCUUCGACCCUUUACCGCGUGGCCGGAUAUCGACGGAGAGAUCCUGGCACUGCCUGCAACGUUUGCAUCUGCGCUACUGCUGUUGUUGCCGUGCCACUUCUUUGACCCUGGACCCGUCUCGCCAGGUCUUGCAGGGACGCGUGCUGCGGGCGCUCCGCGGUCCGCCGCGAGCCGCCCGACGGUGGAAGCCGAGAUGAUGAUCGCGCGCGGCGUCACUUCGCGCGCACUUUUGUCCGGUGAAGAUCCGCGCUCCGACGCCGGAGCGCCGGAGCGCAAGCAGAAGCAGAAGCAGCAGCAACAGCGACCCAAGGCAAAGAGCGACAGGAUACGGCAGGGACGCGGCAGCAUGGAGAAGAAGACAGCGAGAAGCUUCGUGUGCCGACGGCCCUGGCGACCUGGCGACGGCGGCAGGCGGCGCAGAGCGGCGCACAGCCGUGCAGAGCGGCGUGGCCUGGAGAAAAAGUGGUUCGGUGUCAGUGCUGCGCUGCAUCGUCGUGAUUUCAGCUUCCAGUUGCCAGCCGCUAGCCGGCACGCGGCUGCACUCUUGAGGAGCUUCUGGCUCCCAGAUGGUGUCCGAGCUGGGCUGGGGCGCGGCUACGCGGAGCGAGGCAUCCUGGAGGACAUCCAGGAGCUUCUUGGACCGGAGAGGUCUCAGGCGAUCGGCUCUCGCACGCCUUUCAUGGAAGAGGUCCUGAAGCACAGCUUCGAGGCCCUUCCAAAAAGUGGUCGAAACCACGUGGGUGCUGCCGUGGCAAAUCAUGCUCUGCACAGGCUGUUUCUGCAAGUUCACAGCUGGCAGAUGAAGGGCUUGCAGCCUGUUGCUGGUGCGUGGCACGAGCACAGCCCCACCAUUGCACUCAAGCGCGCGCCUGCAAAACUGCGCGAUGUCUUUGACCAAAAGCUGCGGCAGCGCGGGCUGAACUUGAAUGAGCUCUCCGUUCUCGCUGCAACGAUCGAAGAGCUCGUGCGAAAUGAAGCAGACGUGCUGCUGAACGUGAGCUACCAGGCAGCGACGGGCUUCUCGGCGGGCGGCAAGGGCUUGGAAGCGAGCGCCGCCCAGGAGGUCAUGGAGUACUACAUGUCCAGCUCCUCGGCACUCGGUAGCAGCAUACUCGUGCAGUAUCGUACAACGCCUUGCAAGGCUUCGGAGCUCCAGGCACUCCACCAGAACAUCGGGAGCUACCCGCGGUGGAAGGAGGUGCGGGAACUUCUGAAAGAGGCCACUGCCGAGGUCGCAGAGACAGGCGCCGAACUCCUUCACUUUCAGACCAUGUUGUCUAUCCUGCUGCUGACGUCUGACCGUUUCGCGCGAUUAGAGGAGAAGGAGUGCCAAACGUUGAAGCGCCAGCUGGUGGCGAUGGAGGAGCGACCUGGUCGGGUUCUUCUUCGAGACUUCUACCGGCCCGCCCUUGACCAGGGGACCUUGGAGUUCACUGAGAGUGCAGACUUCUUGCGGCAACAAGGGGCGCUGGACGAGUCGGAUCAGGAGGCUCGCGUCAUCGUGCCCAAUUACAUGAUGGCGGACUCCAACUGCUUGGCGUCCUCAGAGUACUACUCGGUGUGUUGCAAGGAUCCUUGCGAGGAGAUCAUGGAUCAACUGGAGGCCUCCCUGAGUGCCUCCCCAAGUGCACUGCUCAGAGCGGUGCAGGCCCUCCCCGAGGCCAAGGCCGCCAAGGCCUUGGAAGGCGAACUCUUCGAGCUGUCGGAGGCUUCGCACCAUGGCGAGGCCGCCGCAGAUGCGACCUGGCGCGACCUAUCAUUGCAGAACCACGCAUAUUGGGAGGUCCCGCUGCACGGUCGGCUCUUCGCGCAAUGGCUGCACCACGCCUUCCCCCGAGACUGCCCCUUUCCGCACGUUUCCGGCACUGCGCGGCAGAGUCUUGCGCAGUUUCAGGAGGAGCGACAUGAGCGUGCAGCUUUCGCCGAGUACAACGAGAUGCAGGAGAUUGUCAACCUGACUCUCGACGCCAAGUACGAGCCCGCAUUAGCACAGUUUGAUCGAUCGCAGGCGGCCGUUGCUCUUCCAAGAAAACAGAAUGCAAUUUACCAAUACUACAAGUAA